GGACCUGAUUCCACAAUCUCCACCCAGUCUGUCCCAAUGCAGUGAUCUGGUGUGAGUUCUGUUCUUCUACAAAUAAUUUAAAUCUGAAACCUGCAACCUUCACAAUACAGAGCUCUGAAAAUGCCAUUUUUCAAGGACUUGUUUAAAAGAUUAAUUCAUGACGACGACUACGAGCCAGAAGACAAGCCGGACAAAGGAUUUUUGAAAAGAAGUGCCAAGCCUUACUAUGGCACCGUCCGACCGGAUCCGGACUUCAGCGCCAGCAGAGAUGCUGUUGCUUUACAGAAAGCCAUUGAAACAAAAGGCGUGGAUGAAAAUACCAUUACAGAGAUCCUAGCGAGACGCACGAAUGCACAGAGACAGGAAAUCAAAGCAGCUUUUCAGCAAAACACUGGAAAAGAUUUAGUGAAGGCUUUGGAUUUGGUCGUGAAGUCCCAGUACCAAGAUGUAGUCCUGGCUCUGCUGAUGACUCCAGCAGAGUACGAUGCCCAUGAAAUCAGAAAGGCGUUGAAGGGUUUGGGAACCAAGGAACAUGUGCUGAAUGAAAUUCUGGGGACGAGAUCAAACCAGGAAAUUAACUCGUUAAAAACUGCCUUCAAAGAUGCAUAUGGAGAGGAACUGGAGCAUGAUAUUGACGGUGACACUAGGGGACAUUACCAGACGGCUUUGCUCAACCUGUGCAAGGGUAACAGAAGUGAGGAUGAUGACAUUGAUGAUGGGCUCGCAAAAAGUGAGGCCAAGUCUCUGUUUGAAGCUGGAGAAAAAAAGCUUGGAACAGUGUCUUCUGUUUUCAUCCACAUUCUCACCUCCAGAAGCGAAGCGCAGUUGUGCAAAAUUUUCAAGCAGUAUGAAAAGUUUAGCACAAAGGGCUUUGCUGAGGCGGUGGAGAAUGAGCUAAGUGGAGACACUGAGGACUGCCUAAUGACCUUAGUGAAAGCAGCCUGGAACAAACCUGCCUACUUUGCAGAAAGGCUGCAUCUGGCCAUGAAGGGCAGAGGGGCCGACCAUAACACACUGAUUCGGAUCAUAGUGAGUCGGUCUGAAGUGGACCUGAAGAAAAUUUUGCAUGAGUACAAAAGGCUAUAUGGGAUAAUGCUUCAGCAAGACAUCCUCGAAGAAACCAGAGGGGACUAUGAGAGAAUUCUCCUGGUGCUCUGUGGAGACUAAACAGGAGUCUGAGCAUGUACAUCAAAAUGUUCAAGAUAUUUUAGUGCACAGUGCUGCAUAUCCCAAAAAAAAAAAGGUCAUUGUAAUGAAUCUGUGUUUCAACAUUCAAGCUUAAUAAAACUACUUCCCGAAAACUUU